UACGGGUGUCCAUGAAACAAGAUGGAGAGGAGAUAGUAGAGUGAAGUGGUGGCCUUGUGGACAGAAUGGCUUUCCUGGACAACCCAACAAUUAUUCUUGCUCAUAUUCGGCAGUCACAUGUGACCAGUGAUGACACAGGGAUGUGUGAAAUGGUCCUGAUAGAUCAUGAUGUCGACCUUGAGAAGUUUAAUCCCUCAUCAGCAUAUGGGGACAGUGGGUCAGAAACACAGGGGAGCAAUGGUGAGACUCAGGGCUACGUGUACUCCCAAUCAGUUGAUAUUACCUCAAGCUGGGACUUUGGAAUCAGAAGACGAUCAAACACAGCUCAGAGACUAGAACGGCUGCGGAAAGAGAGACAAAAUCAAAUAAAGUGCAAAAAUGUUCAGUGGAAGGACAGAAAUACUUCUUACUCAGCAGAGGAGCUGAGCUCACUAUUUGAAAAAAAGAAUUUCAGAGUGAAAUCUCCGUGUUCUGGGAAGCAGUCAAUCCUGUCUGUGCGGCUGGAGCAGUGUCCACUGCAGCUGAACAACCCCUUCAAUGAGUACUCCAAGUUUGAUGGCAAGGGUCAUGUUGGUACAACGGCAACCAAAAAAAUUGAUGUCUACCUCCCACUGCACACAAGCCAAGACAAACUGCAGCCCAUGACAGUUGUGACGAUAGCAAAUGCCAAGGUGCAUGACCUGAUUGGACUAAUAUGCUGGCAAUAUACAAGUGAGGGACGGGAACCAAAACUGAAUGACAACGUCAACGCCUACUGUCUCCACAUCGCUGAGGACGACGGGGAGGUGGACACGGAUUUUCCACCCUUGGAUUCCAAUGAGCCCAUUCACAAGUUUGGCUUCAGCACCCUGGCUCUGGUGGAGAAGUACUCGUCACCCGGCCUGGCAGCCAAGCAGUCACUCUUUGUCCGCAUAAAUGCUGCUCAUGGAUUCUCACUUAUUCAGGUGGACAGUAUGAAGGUCACCAUGAAGGAUAUCUUACAAAAGGCCUUAAAGAGAAGGAAAGGAUCACAGAGAGGCUCAGGUCCUCAGUAUCGGCUGGAGAAGCAGAGUGAACCUAAUGUCCCAGUAGAUUUAGACUGUACCUUGGAGAGCCAGAGCACUUUGGAAUUCUGCCUUGUCCGGGAGAACAGUUCACGAGGAGAGGAGAUCUCGGAGGAGGACCCUCAGAUCGAUAUAGCUACAGUUCAGGACAUGCUCAGUAGCCACCAUUACAAGUCCUUCAAAGUCAGCAUGAUCCAUAGGCUUCGAUUCACCACUGAUGUUCAGUUAGGUAUUUCUGGAGACAAGGUAGAGAUAGACCCUGUUACUAAUCAGAAGGCCAGCACUAAGUUUUGGAUUAAACAGAAACCCAUUUCAAUCGAUUCUGAACUCCUCUGUGCCUGUGACCUUGCAGAAGAAAAAAGCCCAAGUCAUGCAAUAUUUAAACUUACAUAUCUAAGCAAUCAUGACUACAAACACCUUUACUUUGAAUCAGAUGCUGCUACUGUCAAUGAAAUUGUACUGAAGGUUAACUAUAUUCUGGAGUCACGAGCAAGCACAGCCAGAGCAGAUUAUUUUGCUCAGAAACAAAGAAAGCUGAGCAGGAGAACAAGCUUUAGCUUCCAGAAGGAGAAGAAGUUGGGACAGCAGUAAGGCCUGGCCUGGAGGAGAGCCUGGCCACCAAAUUCGGAGGAGGGGACGUUCCCCCAGCGGGACAGGGAGCCAGGACUGCGGGGCUCCCGCUGCCGACAGGCAGGAGCAGCCGGCGGAGAAAUGGGAAUUCUCCCAUCUCCCACAGCUGGAAGAUUAUCCCUCGUUGGUGAUGGGAAGUCUCCCCUGUGACAAAAAUAAAGAGCCAUAUCAGCCGGAAAGAAGACUGUUACGCUUCAGGUUCCUCUGAUUAGAAAUAAGAGAAUGACGUAGACUGGCAUCAUUUAAUUACUGUAUUAUGUACAAUCACAAGAAGAGAUGUGAUUACAUAUUAUUUCACAGCCUGGUUAAAAUAAAUUAUAUACAUCUGUAAUACACCCACAUACACACAGGUAUUGCUUGUGACAUGAUCAAAUUUCUAAAAACAAAAUGUAGGACAAAUGUAUCCAUUUUUACUAUUAAUAAACAGAUGUAAUCUUUUUCAA